ACCGACUCGCUCUGAUCAGUGGAUAGACUGGAUUGAGUAAGCCCCGCUAGCCUUCAUGACAAUUCUCCUAGGUAUGCUCUGAACAAGUCAUUUCACUAAUUAGAGCACAAGCCACAAGUUUUCCAGUGCUUCAUGCAUUGUGGUUGUAAAGCGGACUCCUAGCCCAGGUACAGAUGACUGGUCCUUCCCAGUGAAGAGGCGGUCUCCAUAGGGAGAGAGUUAGGGAGAGGCUGGCGCUCUCGGAAGCCUGUCAGAAACUUCCACUCCACCCUGUGGCUAAAAAGAGCACAGCAUUCCACCCCUUGGGUUCAACAUGGCCACUGGCUCGACUUAUCAGUGUGAGAAGUCAUUUCACUGCAAAACAAACACCUCCUUGUAGGUCAUUGCAUUUUGUAGGUUGACCUUCGAACAGCAGUAACUUUUUUUUUUUGUGUAAUUUUCCCUGCGCUAAACUUGUGUGAUAUGUGUGAACUCGAGUGUCAUAUAUCCACAAAGUUAUUCACAAGCACUACAACCCUGAAGAAGUAAAGGAAUGUGGAGAAAUAGUUGUGUUUAACCAGAGAGCAUGUGCAUUUUAUCAGAAAGCACUGUCCCAUGAAAUGGCAACAGUUCAGCUAUCUUUAGCCCAUCGCAGUGGUGCGAACUGUGUGGGACUCUGGUCCUGUUGGGUGGCUUUUUUUGUCUAACAGAUAACGUGGAAAUGCAGAGUGCUGACGUAGUUUGGCCAAGAUAAGAUCUGAAAGGCCCAUUGUUGACGUUUCAUUGUGGUCGUGGUGGUUUGCCCCCCCCCCCUCCUUUUUUUUUUUUUGUCUCAUGUUGUUUUCCUUUCUGCGAGAGGCCCGAGUUGUGAGCACGUCGGUUCACUGCUUUUGCAAGUGUGCUCGCCUGCUUCCCGUAGCGCAGUGUGCAGUGCAACAGCUAUGACACCAAGACUCCUAGUUGUGUGCAACUUAGUUGUUCUGCAUCGCGCCCCACAUUUAGUCAUGCCCGCAGAGGAAGAGCCACCCUCCCCCUGUUGUCUACAGUCUGCCAUUGUGUCUGUGGGAGCCCUGGCAUCGCCCAACAGAUGGAACCUUCAGAUUUAGCUUUUGUGUGUGUGUGUGUGUGUCUCUGUGUGUGUUUGUGUUUGUGUGUGUGUGGGGUGGGGGGGGUCUUACAACACAGUAUAGAAUAGCUGUUGAAACCCGUAAUAAGGCGUUGUGAAUCUGUCAGGGGCCAUUGUGUGGCCCUCGUAUCCCUCUGACACUGUGCCUGUGCUCUCUUUCAGAUGAUCCUGUGGGACUGGGAUCUGAAGCAAUGGUACAAGCCCCAGUAUCAGGGGGCUGUGAGCGGAAAUGGCGUGGACCUGUCGGUCAUCAACGAGGCGCGCAAUCUGGUGGCGGAGCUACUGAUGGACUCGUCACUGUCGCCGCACGUGGUCUCGUCGCUGCGCAGCGUCAGCAGCCUCAUGGGCACUUUCUCAGGGUCGUGCCGCCCGCGCGUCAACCCCUUCAACCCCUUCCCCGGCUUCUACACCUGCACCGAGAUUGAGGACCCCAGCGAGCGGGGAGAGAGGAAGCCCCCCAAGGGCCUGAACAGUAGGAACAGCCUCCCAACCCCUCAGCUGAGACGCAGCUCUACCUCCACCCUCCCACCUCAGCUGGAGUCAUCCGCCUCUCGCUGGGAGCGCAACAACAGCAAGAGAAGCCACCCAGACUACACCAGCAGCGGCCAAGGGUCGCUCCCCAACGGCCCCAACAGUAACCUGCUGACCAUCCCCAAGCAGAGGUCCUCCUCCGUCACCCUCACGUACCACACCGUCCCCCGGAGAGCAGGUACCUCUCCCAGUCUGAGUCCACUAAGCUCGCCCAGUCACAGCCCUCCCAUGGCUGGUUCCUCUCUGGUGACGCGCUCCCCAGUGGAGUUCCCCGACACGGCCGACUUCCUCACCAAGCCCAGUGUCAACCUGCACAAGCCCCUGGGCUACACGCUCAGCUCGCCCGACUUCCAGCAGCAGUUCCGCACACCCGCCGCCCCAGUCUGCACCAGCUGCGGCCGUCAGGUGCUGAAGAGUGCGGCGGAGGCCGGGGAGAGCCAGAUCCCCUCACCCGCCGAGGCCCAGCGCAGACGCUCAGGCGAGGGGCUGGGCUACGCCGGAGAGGGCCUAAUCAGAGAAGAGAGCGUGGAGUCCGAGCUGCAGGGAGAGAAAGGUCCAGACGCUGAGAGAGACGGCCAGUCAGAGGAGGAACCGCGUCCUGCUGAGGAGGCUCAGACCCAGGAUCCUGAGAGUGAACAGGACUUUAAGCUGGACCCCUUACUGGAGGAGCACGAGGGGCUCAUGGAGAAGGUCAACACCUGGAACUUUCAGAUAUUUGACCUGAUGGACAGAACAGGAGGGAAGACGGGCAGGAUCCUCAGCUACGUGGCCUACACUUUGUUCCAGGACACAGGACUGUUGGAAAUCUUUAAAAUCCCUGUGCGGGAAUUCAUGACGUUCUUCUGUGCUUUGGAGAAUGGCUAUCGGGAUAUUCCCUAUCAUAACCGUGUCCACGCUACUGACGUCCUCCAUGCCGUAUGGUACCUCACCACCAGGCCCAUCCCGGGCUUUCAGCAGAUCCACAAUGAACAUGCGACAGGAAGUGACACAGACUCAGACAGUGGGAUAUCUCCAGGCCGGGUGCCCUACGCCACCUCCAGAAGCAGCUCCAUCUCAGACCACAGCUAUGGCUGCCUGGCGUGGAACGUCCCUGCCCUGGAGAUUAUGGCUCUAUAUGUAGCAGCCGCCAUGCACGACUACGACCAUCCUGGGCGCACAAAUGCAUUCCUUGUAGCCACUAAUGCCCCUCAGGCUGUGCUGUAUAACGACCGCUCGGUCCUGGAGAACCACCAUGCCGCGACAGCGUGGAGUCUCUUCCUGUCCCAGCCGGAGUUCAACUUCCUGUCCAACCUGGACCAUGUGGAGUUCAAGCGCUUUCGCUUCCUCGUCAUCGAGGCCAUCCUCGCCACCGACCUGAAGAAGCACUUUGACUUCCUGGCCGAGUUUAACACCAAGGUGAAUGAUGUGAACAGUCCAGGAAUUGAUUGGACUAAUGAGAACGACCGGCUGCUGGUGUGCCAAGUGUGCAUUAAGCUGGCAGAUAUCAACGGGCCAGCCAAGGGCCGGGACAUUCACCUCAAGUGGACAGAAGGCAUAGUCAACGAGUUUUAUGAGCAAGUACGGAACUGCACCCGGCUUUCAGAAUAA